AAACAAGUUGAGUUGCUCUUGAUAAAGACCUGAAAAUGCCAGCAGUGGAGAGUGAGGCCAAGGCUAAAACCAAGGUUCGCUUUGAAGAAAUAUUCAGAAGUCACGUUGGGCUAACAGAUAAAAAGAAAUCAAAGAGGAAAACAUUAAGCACUCAGGAAAAUAUUGUGCUUGCGACGUUCAAAAAUCACUUUGAUCUAACUAAAGAACGUGAAAAUGACGAGGUAAUUAUAAACAACACUUAUAUCCCAGAGGAAAGGAGCCCACGGUUUACAAAAAACAAGCUCAGAGAUAAAACCUUGGUGGCAGAAAAAAUAAAUAAUAAUGUUACCAGUGGAGAGGAAAGAAAGCAAACAUGGUCUAUCGAGAAGAAAAAAGAACAACUUAAUGAGGAAGAAAACCUGUAUGAAACUACACUGGACCGUUUUGAAAAACAGAUUCAUGUUUUUUCAAAGAAAAAAACCAAAAGUGUAUUCCAGGCAGAUGUACCUCAUCAAAAAGGGGACAGCAACAUAAGAAGUGCCUUGAAUGAAGUGCGAGAGAGAUUGGAAGUAGAUGAGGAAGAACAGCUAAUUCAAGCCUAUCAGCAGCAAAUGGCUAAGGAGGAGGCAAAUGCAAUUAAGAAGAAAAUUAAAAAGAAACUUAAAGAACAGAUGUCGAACUUCACCUCCCAUGUUCAGAGCGAUGAAGUGGUAUUGAACAAUGAAGUGGGCAAAAAGAAGAAAAAGAAAAAAGAAGUGCCAGUUAUAUCUGAGCCUGAAACAAGUGCAAUGUCCCUUUCUGAGCUACAGAAUGACUCCAAGGAAGAAGAUGCUAUCAAAAAGAGAUCAUUGGAAGGACAACUUCCUACAGAGAAUGACAUGUUAAAAAAGGAAGAACAGCUGGAUGGGGACCCUGAUAAACAGAAAUUUAAAGGGCAAAAAACAAAAAGAAAAUCUAGAAAAGCAUUAGAAGAAAACAUAGAAAAUGCUGAAGAAAAUAUGCCAUGUGUAGCUGCUAGAAGUGUUUCACCAGAAUCAAAACCUGCUUUUGAUGAUAGCCUUGUUUUGGGAGUUUACAUCCAUCAAAGUGAUCGACUUAAAACUGAUCUCAUGGUAUCCCAUCCCAUGGUCAAGGUUCAUGUGACUGAUCAGAAAACUGGUCUUUAUGUCAAGAAAGAGCAUAGCAAUCGAUCAGUUUCAUCUUUCUACGAACAAGAGCAAGUGGGGCACAUUCUUCCCAUUAUGACCCAGCCAUAUGAUUUCAGACAGUUUAAAUCAACACUUCCACAAUGGGAGGAGCAGAUUAUAUUCAAUGAGCGUUUCAACUAUUUUCUCCAAGAUUCUGAAGGAAGUCCAAGCACAAUCCUGUUCUUUGAGAUCCUUGAUUUUUUAAGCAUGGGAGAUGCAAAGGCCAACUCUGAUGUUCAAAUUCAGGAAAGUGGUUUUCGGAAAAUCUGCUGGGCGUUUCUAAAGCUUGUAGGUGCAAAUGGAGUUCUGAAUGUUGGGAAACUACGCCUUCAGUUAUAUUGUCCUCCUCUAAGAUCCAGAACACAACUGAAUGUUGUGGAAGUUUAUGACUGGUGGGCAAGGUGUCCCAGAAACCGUUACCCUUCAACACUGUAUGUGACUAUAAAGGGCAUUAAACUUCCAGAUCAUGUAGAUCCUUCUUUUCGUUCUAUGAUGGCUAUUCAGCAGGAAUAUCAUUCUCCAUCAUUCUUGGACCUGCAGAGUGAUGCAUGUAAAAAAGCUGAUGAUUCUGUACAAGUGAAAAGGGAGGAACCCUUUAAAUGGUCCAGACUUCCAGGACAGGUGUGUCGAAUACCAAACAAGCAUCUGUUUUCUCUGCGAGCAGGAGGUACAGGAUGUUUCUGUAUUCGCUUCUCUGAGGAUGGCCGAACAUUAGCAGCAGCUUGUGCUGGAAAAGAUGGGUAUCCUAUUAUUUUGUAUGAAAUUCCUUCAGGACAAUACUUGAGGGAAUUUUAUGGGCAUUUGAACAUUGUGUAUGAUCUUUGCUGGUCAAAAGAUAAUCAGCAUCUCCUUACUGCAUCCUCAGAUGGCACUGCAAGAAUCUGGAAAAUUGAAGCCCAGGCUACAUCUGCUGUGAAGGUUUUCCCUCAUCCUUCGUUUGUCUACACAGCUAAGCUCCACCCAGUAGCUGACCAUAUUGUUGUGACAGGAUGUUAUGACUCUAUGAUUAGGGUUUGGAAUGCAAAAGUGAAUGAAAUUCAUGGUCAGCUUCUGCAAGAAUUUGAUGGCCACAAAAGUUUUAUCAAUACAUUGUGUUUCGAUAAAGAAGGCCUACACAUGUUCUCUGGAGAUAGUACAGGGCUGCUAAUCAUCUGGAAUACUAUCAUGAAAGGAAAUUCUCAAUCAUCGAUCCAACUCUGGGGGAUUGAUAAGGAAAUACAAGAAGAUGAUAUUAAAGGGACCCCAAUCAACCAUUUAGAGGUACAUCCAAAUGGAAGGCGUUUAUUGAUCCAUGCCAGAGACAGCACUGUGAGAAUUAUGGAUCUUCGAAUCUUUGCCACAAAGAAAUAUAUUGGUGCCACAAAUUAUCGUGAGAAAAUUUGCAGUACCUUAACGCCGUGUGGAACUUUUCUUUUUUCUGGAAGUGAAGAUGGUGUAGCAUAUGUCUGGAAUCCAGAAACGGGUGAUCAGGUAGCAAUGUAUUCUGACCUUUCCUUCUCAUCUCCCCUUCGCGAUGUUGCCUUCCAUCCACAUGAGCAUAUGGUGUCAUUUUGUGCCUUUGGUCAAAACCACCCAAUACUUGUGUACAUUUAUGAUUACAAAGUUGCCCAGCAAGAAGCUGAACUAGCAAAAGACUUUAGAGGGCUGCGUUUAUCAGCAUCGCCUAGAGGUCCACAGCUUCUCAGCAAUUCUGCAGAUAUUUCUGUGCAGAAAGAUGCAAUAAUGUCUCAACCUGACCAAUUUGCCAGAGUUUCAAGAGUAUCUAUGAGAAUGCAAAAAGUUAAACAGAAACUGGAUUCUGUCACAGCCAGCUCCAGUGCCUUCCUUCCUAGUCCAUCUCUACUGUCACCACACUCCCGAUUAAGACUGGCAAGCACACUAGGCGAACCACGGAUUCCUCUGUAUCCUGUUUCUACCCAAAGUGGGAGCUUCAUCCCAGUAGGAAAUCCUCUUAGAAGAACACUAUCAGCUGGACUGCACACGAGUGGUGAGUUUCCAGCUUCAUUAUAUGUGAAAGGAGACACUAAUUCAAUCCCUGUCCAAGAAACAGUAGUGGCUCUUUAUGACUAUACCGCGCAUCGAUCAGAUGAGCUAACCAUCUAUUGCAAUGACAUUAUCCAAGUGUUAUACAAAGAUAAUGAUAACUGGUGGUUUGGUGCCCUAAUGAAUGGACAGCAAGGCUAUUUUCCAGCUAACUACGUGGUUGGAGAAUCACAUCGCGAAGAACAGCUGUCUUCCAGAACAGCAGAAGAUCCCACUCCCCUUCUGUGCACUGAACCAGUAGAGGCAGCAUCACCAGCUAUGCCUGGGACAGCAGCAGUCAUCAGCAAGUCAAGAGACCUAGGAUUUGUUUCAGAAAAUGACUCAGAGUCCCUGGCUCCACAAGACGAAGAAGAAGACAAAAAAGCAAAUUUACAAAUGAAUGAAACAGAAUGAAACAGAAUGAAACAGGCAAAUAAUGACUUUACAUCUAAUAUUGUUGAGGAACAAUCUAAGAAAGACCUAACAAAGAAGAAGAAGAAAAGGACUGUGACAAGGGCAACAAGGGCAAGUGGAACUUCAGAUGAUGCUUUUGACCCGGACAUUCUUCAAGCAUAG